CGACUGUUUCACAUUUUCAUUCGUCCAUUUAUUUUGCAAUGAUUAACCCCUGUACCAUACAGCCAAUAACGAAGCGAGGUUAAAUGCAUCGAUUUCCAGAUACUCUACGGAACAUCCGAAGAUUCCGAGAAGAAAGCUAAAAUGACGGCAAGUUUUCCGACUUGCUCGAAGGCAUCCUGAAUCUUACAGUGACAACAAUAUCAACAAUAUUCCAGGAAGCUUCGUAUGUAUCUCGUUUAACAGGCGCGAAUAGCCUGUGUUGUAUAUUCAACUUCUCAACAUCUUGAGAAGAAGCUGAGCAUGGCUUCGGCGAUACUACAGAAGGCCAUAGAUCUUGUGACAAAGGCUACAGAGGAAGAUCGCAAUAAAAACUAUGAGGAAGCUCUCAGGUUAUAUGAGCAUGGUGUUGAAUACUUUCUGCAUUCAAUCAAAUACGAGACGCAUGGAGACAAGGUGAAGGAAAGCAUAAGAGCAAAAUGUAUGCAAUAUUUAGAAAGAGCAGAAAAACUAAAAGAAUACUUGAAGAAGAAUAAGAAAAAGCCAGUUAAGGCUGGAGCGGACAACUCCAAGAGCGAGGAUAAGAAGAGCGACAGUGGUGACAGUGACGUUGACAGUGAUCCUGAAAAGAAGAAAUUACAAAGCAAAUUGGAAGGCGUUAUAAUUAACGAAAACACAAACGUUAAUUGGAGCGAUGUGAUUGGUCUUGAUGGAGCCAUAGAAGCUUUAAAAGAAGCUGUUAUUUUACCUAUGCACUUUCCUUAUCUCUUUACUGGCAGACGCAUACCUUGGAAAGGUAUUUUGUUAUUUGGGCCACCAGGAACCGGUAAAUCAUAUUUGGCGAAGGCGGUGGCAACAGAAGCUAAUCAAGCUACUUUCUUCUCUGCGUCAUCGUCGGAUUUAGUAAGCAAGUGGUUAGGAGAGUCAGAGAAGCUUGUAAAAAAUCUGUUUGAAUUAGCACGACAAAAGGAACGUAGCAUUAUAUUUAUUGAUGAAAUAGAUUCUCUCUGUUCGUCGCGGUCAGAUAAUGAGUCAGAAUCCGCAAGGAGAAUAAAAACAGAAUUUCUAGUUCAGAUGCAAGGUGUAGGGAACAAUAAUGAGAAUAUACUCGUGCUGGGAGCCACAAACAUACCUUGGGUCUUGGAUUCUGCAAUUAGACGAAGAUUUGAAAAGAGAAUUUAUAUUCCGUUGCCUGAAAAACAGGCGCGCGCUGCUAUGUUUAAGCUUCACUUGGGUAAUACAUCACAUUGUUUGACGGAAGAAGAUUAUAAGAAGUUAGCGGCUUCUACCGAUGGUUAUUCGGGAGCCGAUAUAAGCAUCAUUGUACGAGACGCUCUAAUGCAGCCGAUCCGACAAGUGCAAACAGCUACACACUUUAAGCGAGUUAAAGGACCGUCGCCUAAGGAUCCUAAUGUUAUCGUCGACGAUUUACUUACUCCAUGCUCCCCUGGUGACCCGGCUGCCAUAGAAAUGAAUUGGAUGGAAGUAGAUGGUGACAAAUUGUUCGAGCCACCAGUUACCAUGAAAGAUAUGUUGAAAUCACUAGCAACGACCCGUCCUACAGUGAAUGAAGAAGAUUUGGCAAAGUUAGAGAAAUUUAAGGAAGAUUUUGGUCAAGAAGGUUGAGAGAAUCUUUUGAAGUCUCUCGUAAUUAAGUAAACAGAUUUAUAAUUCAACAAAUAUUUUUAGUUAUACAUGCUUGCCUUAUUCCUCUUACAAUACUUGCUUGAUAAUAUCUGUAUAAAUACGUUAUAUUUGGAAACGAGUUUUUUCCCUCGUCUCUUUUAGAUCUCUUCUUUUUUUAAGCGUAACAACGAUUACAAUCUGGUAUCAUAUAAGCUUACUGCUUAUUUACUUAGUAAAAAUGACACAUAACUUAUGAAAUAAAUCAUAUAUUUUGAGAUAAAAAAAAUUCUUAGACUUUUAUCAAGCAGUCAAAAGAGGUUGAUUAUUUUUUAUCAUAAAGUGUAAAGUAGAAAAAAAUGUUGGUGAUUUACGAGGUAUAUGGCAAACUCUGUGUUUAAUGCAUCACUAUUGUAAUCACUAUAAUAAGUACCUAACAAAUUAAUUGUAAAUCAUAGAUUUUAUAUA